UAUCACCAGAGAAUGCUCAAGCUUUUCGUGCUACUCGCCCUCUUCAGUGGUGGCUUAGCCGCCACGGUUAUCUACCAUCACCCGGUGAUCUACCACCAUCCUCUGCCCGUUGCCUCCACGCCCCAGGAGUUGGCUCACCAUCCUGGCUACACCAUCGUUGCACCUCUUACCAAGAUUGCCCACGUCACCUACGACUCGGUGCCCAUUUCGCAUACGCCCUACGAACAUGUUCCGCUGUUCCAGAGGAUUGGUCAUGUGAAAAAUAUAAGAUUUUAA